AUGGGCGCUAACCCUUCAGCAGUACGACCUGAUGUUCUCUUACAUCCCAGGAGAGUCCAGCAUGACGCGCUCAGUCGACUGAUCGACGGUGACCCGGACGGAGACUCCGACCUCGACAAGAUGGGCCUCAGGUGUUUCUGCGUCCAAAAGCUUGACCAUACCGCAUUGGAUUGUCCAGGUCCCAAGGACUUCAUGCGAGAGUUACCC